AUGUCUACAAACUUCUUCACCACACCAUCCGGUCGCCCCACAGGCUGCAACACCUGCAAUGCGGGAUACAUGAACUUCACGCCUCCAAUCCGCGACCCUUACAAUCUCCGCCAAGAAUUCCGCCGCCGUCCCUUCAACCCCCCUAGACGUGCACCCCUCUACGUUCCCGACUCCCUCAAUCACGCCUACAUAGCUUCUCUACCACCAUCCGUCCAGCCCGGUCAAGAACCAUACCCCUCUCCCGCGGAUACGCAACGAGAACAAUCCGCACGCGAAGAAGAUGAUGAAGGAUGGGGAACUAUAUUUGUGCACACAUUUUUCUGGAAGGGUUUAAUAGCGGUAUUAGCUUGGUUUAUUGGCUGGUUGAGCAUCUUCGCUGUGCUGGUUAUCAGUUUGUUUGAUCUUGUUGGCGACGGACCUUUCCUUCCGGUUUUUGCGCUUUGUUCUGUUUAUUGGUAUGCUACUGUUCCUGAUUUUGACUCGGUCUUGUUUUGGACUGUGGUUUUGCUUGGCGUUUUGGGUAUGGUGGCUAUGACAAUGGUGAAGCUUGUUUUGGGGAGCAUAAUAGGGUAUUGCUUCGACCGUCUCAUCAAGUAG